ACUUUGUCUGAGGAGCAGUCACAAUCUCAAAGCCCUUCACUGCUGCAGCUCCUGUCCUCCACUGAGUUGCUCUCUUACACACACAGACACACACACAUCAAGUCAGCGCUGCCUGGUCAGAGAGGACGUCGGUCGCCAAUCUGCAACUGGGGAGUAAAUGUCUGCAAGUGAGGACUAAUCCUGACUGGAGGCUGUCCCCUGUGCUGCUACAUCACCAAAGCCACCACCUGGAACCAGAGUGAUGGAGGCAGAAGGCUGUAAUUCUGGGGUAGCGAUGGAUUCGGGUAACCCCUUGCUAAGGGCAGUUUUCCUGCGCCGGCUGCGACUCACGCGGCUGCUGCUGGAGGGAGGCGCUUACAUCAAUGAGAGCGACAGCCAUGGCCAGACACCCCUGAUGGUGGCCUGCAGGACCCAGCAUAUCGAUGCUCAAAGUGCCAGCCGGGUAAAGCUAGUCCAGUUUCUCCUAGAGAAAGGAGCAGACCCCAACAUCCAGGACAAGGAGGGCUGCUCAGCGUUGAUGCAUGCAUGCCGCGAGCAGGCCGGCCCUGACGUGGUGUCUCUGCUCCUGGCCAGUGGAUCGGACAUUAGUCUGGAGGACCUGUCCGGGACGUCAGCGUUGGUCUACGCAGUCAUGGCUGGAGACUGGAAGGUCCUGAAGCUGUUGCUUGACACAUGCAAGGCCAAGGGGAAGGAAGUGAUCAUCAUAACAACUGAGAAGUUCCCAGGUGGGAAACUCCAAGCCAAGCAGUACCUCAGCAUGCCUCCCCUGGGUCCUCCAGAUCAGACCAACACACUGACAUCAGCAGCUCCUGCGUCUCCCUCCGAUAUUCAGCUCAUCACCUUCCCCCAGUGCACCUCCUCUUCCUUGUGUCCUCCAAAGACCGUGUUCUCCUUUAAAGAAGCCCAGGCCUGUGGUGUAAACUCCCACCCAUGUUCUCCAUCACGGUUUCGAGGGCUGGACGAAGUGGUGCCCAACAAACUGCAGCAGCCCCUCCUGAGGCUAAACUCUGAGCCCUGGAUAAAGAUACCAGCUUCUCUACUCACCCAGCUGCCUCAUGCAAAGGCAUCGUCAGAACACGAGCAAGCCAUCUACCAAACUGAGGACCUGGCUUUCAGAGUUCCCAAACUGAACAGGGACAAGAGCACAAACUCAACAACCAACUGUUUCAAAUGGCAUGAAGGAACAUCGGCAAGGGAUAAAGGAGACAGGCACAAUGACUGUGCCAAACAUGUUGGACAAAAGGUGUCCUUGCCGGGUCUUACAUCAUCCCACUCUGCCUCCCACCCUAACCUCCACUCUGACAACCUUGGAGCAGACUCAGUCACCUCCUCCUCCUCCUCCUCCCUUUCUAAUGGCAAAAACCUUGGCACGCCAUUUCAGAACAUGGCCUCAUCAAGCCUUCAGAGCAUCACCCAGAGGUGCAAGCUGGGCUCAGACAUCUACAGCUCUGACCCCCAGCUCACUGUAGACAUCCAAAACCCACCUGAGGAGUCCCCUCAAAGAGCCAGAGAUCCAACAGACGGCAAGAGGCUCGCCCCCUUACGUUGCUCCAGGGAGUCACUGUUGACCUCAGGCCCUGGCAGGAGAGUGCUGUCUGGGUACGAGCGCAGAGGGUCUGGAGCCUUCCUGUUGGACCACCACUCCCAGGCCAGGCCAAGAUCUCUGCCACCUCUGACCCUCAACUCCACCAACAGUCCUGUCCUUUACAGCUUAGGCUGCAGCACUGCAGGAGGAUUGUGUGAGCAGGAGUGUGGCCUAAAACCUUUCCUUCCCUCUGCUCCUCCUGGGCAUCCCAAGGAGCAGACCAGGAGGAUGCUGCUGAGGAGGCACUCGAUGCAGACGGAACAGUUCAAAAGCACAGCCUGAAAUUCAGCUGGAAGAAAAGUUCAUCAGUGUGAUUCAAUGUGAAAUGUGUCGUUAUGUGAUGUAGUGUGUGUUUAGUGAAACCCAAGCAGGGAAACCAAAGAGGAUAUAACGCAUAAGAAAAACAGAAAAUCCCAACUUUGCUGUGUGUUGUCACUGUGCACGUAGCUUCAGUGUGCAGCUUUUACAAAAACGCUUCCUUAAAGCUGCAGUAAGUCUUGUUGGCCACAUCUGACAUAUUAUAAAAGUUGCUAUGAUGAACGUGUUAGCAAACAGUGCAACAGACUCGGAGCAACAUUAGCCGGAAUCGUGUUUGUGGUCACUUGAAACACUCGCUCUCCUCUCUGCUCUGUUUUGGUCUGAGAAAAUUAACUUGCUCUUCAGCUGCUACACGCUGCACUGUGUUCACCAGCCAGUUGCUAACUGUGCCCGUCUGCUGUUUAGUGCUGACUAGGUAACAAGCAGUAGGUUUCAGGCUUUUAACAGAGUUGUGCUAUUUGAAGCCUCAACAAUGAGCUGAAAGAGGCCAAAGCGCUGCACAGCUACAACCAUAGUCAAUGUAAAAUAUUGACUGGAAUAGCUUUAAAUGUGCACUUACUUUGGGGGCAGUAAAAGCAGCUAAAAGCACAAAACACACAGAUGGAUUAUUGAACCGGUCAAUUAUCCCAAGGGGUCAGGGGCACUUAGACCAGAGAACCUCGACGGGACUGGUGACAUUUCCACUGGAACGUCAAUCUAAAGGCCCCGAAACGAGGAAAAAAAUAGAUGUACAACAAACUACAAGGAGAUACAAAGCCACUACAAAGACAUGAAAUACAGCAAAACAACUGUAGAUAUAUGCAGAAUGACAGACACAUAUGAACAGAGAUACAGACCAAUGUAACACACAAUGGCUAAAAACAGACAAGACUAGAGAGAGACACAAACUGACUACACACCAUGUGGU